AUGGAGAAGAACAAUGAUUUUCUUGAUAGAAUAAUAAAAUUCCUUUGGGAUAACAAAGAUUCUUCAAACACAUAUGUUCAGCUUGAAUUAGCUGAUUUGCAGAAGCUUUGCAAAAUGGCUAUUCCAGUUCUGAAAAAAGAUCCAACCCUUCUUCGCAUUAACGCUCCUAUUUCGGUUUGCGGUGAUGUUCACGGACAAUUCUCCGAUCUCAUGAAGUUUUUACAACUUGGCGGAGAUGUCAAAAAUACAACAUACCUAUUUAUGGGUGACUAUGUUGAUCGUGGAAUCAAUUCAGUUGCUACAUUUACCAUGCUUCUCUGUCUGAAGUGUAAAUAUCCUAAUACAAUCUAUCUUCUUCGUGGAAAUCACGAAACACCAGAUAUCUCAUCAUUAUACGGUUUCAAAGACGAAUGCGAUUAUUACUUCCCAAAUACUGACAUCUGGCAAGAGUUUAAUGAAGUUUUUUCAUAUCUUCCUAUCGCCGCUAUCAUUUCCGAUCGUAUCUUCUGUGUUCAUGGUGGUCUUUCUAAGGACAUCAGCAAACUUAGCGAGAUCGAAAGUCUACAACGUCCAUUAGAAGUUCCAGAGAACGGUCCACUUGCUGAUUUGCUUUGGGCGGAUCCUAAAAACGAUACUAUGGGCUACCAAGAAAGCGACCGCGGCAUAUCAUACACAUUUGGUCCGGAUGUUGCAAACAACUUCCUUGAACAAAACGACUUUGACUUAAUUUGCCGUGCACAUCAAGUUGUUAAUGAUGGUUUUGAAUUCCCAUUCUAUCCUAAGCAAACCGUUGUUACAGUCUUUAGUGCACCAAAUUACUGCAACGAAUUCGGUAACAAAGGUGCUAUUUUAAUUAUUGAUGAAAACCUUACAUGUUCAUUCAAAUUUGUUAAUCCACCCGAAGAAUCAACUACACCAGAUGAACUUCGUCCAGUUACACCUGCAUGCAAGACACCAAACAAAUAUUUCUAA